AUGUCGAACUCGAGAGGUCUACUACAAACCAUACACCCCACUGUAGGAGUAUGGAUUCAGAUCUGUUGGGUCAUCAUUAAUGUUUUAUUGCUUUUGUCCCUUUUCUUGCUCUUUCCAAAACGAUGCAACCACUGCUACUACUACUACUACUACUACUACUACUAUUACGACAACAACAACUACUGCCACUACUACUACUGCCACUACUACACUACUACUUCAACUACUACUACCACAACAUCAACAACAACAACUACUACUACUACCACUACAACGACUGUAACUACUAACACUAACUCAACAAUAACACCAAUAACCACUAUUACUACCACAACAACAGCAACAACUACAACACAACCACUACUUACCACAACAAUAUCAACUACUACUACUGCUACUACAACAACUAACUACUACUACUAUUAUAACUACUACCACAACACACUCAACAACUACUACUACCACAACAACAUCAACAACACUACUACUACUACAAAAAACAACAACAAUACUGCUACUAUAACAACAACUACUACUACUACUACUACUAUAACAUCAACAACUAAAAAUACUACUACUUCAACAAGUACUUCUACUACUAGCUAG